GCGAACACAGAGCAGGAUCCGCCAUCGCCAAGAUCACUAUUCUUCCGCUGCGUUUUUUGGCAUUGAAUGCCGGGAAGUCUGGUUCCGACUCUUGAAUUUUCUUGUCAAUUUGCAGCAGGGCGAACGUGAUUUCACUUCUUAAUUCGGUGGAUUUUUUAGAAUUUCAAAUGAAAUGAAAAACCAGGACAAGUUCCAAAUCUUCCACUCGGUUCCGGCGUAGUGAGAACCACGAAUAGGGCUUGGGAUUUCUCUCAUGGCAAAACGCGUUUACGAAGUUUGGGAAGGAAAAAAUAAAUUUUUUUUUGGUGGAAGGCUGAUAUUUGGACCAGAUGCUUCGUCACUGCUUGUCACUUUAUUGCUGAUUAUUGUUCCAGUCGUUAUAUUUUGCGUAUUUGUUGCGAGGCAUCUUCAACAUGCAUUUUCACCAUAUAAUGCAGGAUAUGCAAUUCUGGUGGUAGCAAUUGUCUUUACUCUCUUUGUUAGUUCUACUCCCCUUGAUGCCUGAUACUUUAUCGUGUUUCAUGAAUUUUGUUAAACAUUUUGUGCUGAAGUGUACUCCAUGUAUACCUUGUGUCAACGACUACUUAAUAGAUUUUAAGGAUUGCAGUCUACUGUCAUGGCAAUUGGCCAGACAAUGUGCCUGUUUGGGAUUAAUAAAGAACUAUUUUUUGGUCAUUAGUGAAUGGUGAUCCGAUUGAAAGUUUCUCAGGUGUUGAUUCUUCUUUUCGUGACAUCAGCACGGGAGCCAGGUAUCAUUCCGCGUCAUUCAAAUCCACUGGAGGAAGAGUUUCAAUAUGGUUCUUCUUCUGCAGCUGUGGCUGAGGGAAGACAAAAAACCAGUGACCAGUUUCCUCAAACAAAAGAAGUCCUGGUUCAUGGCAUUCCUGUUCGAGUAAAGUAUUGUUGCACAUGCAUGCUUUAUCGUCCUCCCCGUUGUUCUCACUGUAGCAUUUGCGAUAAUUGUGUAGAGCGUUUUGAUCACCAUUGUGGUUGGGUGGGGCAGUGCAUUGGACUGCGCAACUACCGUUACUUCUUUAUGUUCAUUUCUUCAGCAACGCUUCUCUGCAUCUACGUGUUCUCUAUGUCAGCAUUGAACAUUAAGGUUCUAAUGGAUAAUUACAAUGGAACAGUCUGGAAAGCUAUGCAGAAAUCUCCUCCAUCUGUGAUACUCAUGGCCUAUUGUUCCAUUUUCCUCUGGUUUGUUGGUGGACUCACUGGGUACCAUUUGUACCUCAUAGCAACAAACCAGACAACCCGUGAAAACCAUCGAUCCAUAGCUGCAAACGGGAGCAAUAUUUAUGAUCGCGGUUGUCGAAGUAACUUUAUUGAAAUAUUUUGCACAAAGACUAAACCGUCAAGGAACAACUUCCGUGCUCUUGCACAAGAGGAGGUACCACAGGCAGAACCAGAAGAAUUAGGUGGAGAGCUGAACCCACGUCCUAAAGUUGAAGAUGAUCUAGAGAUUGGUGAAAUUCUGCUAACCAUCUCUCUGCGGCGUAAUAUUGAAGAAACUGAUGCGGACAUUUGCAGUAGAGAGAGCAACAGUCCUCGUAAUACAUUAUCAGAGGUCGAAUCUGAUCCGAGUUCAGAUCAUCUAGCUCCUACAAUUCGACCAGACGUUUAGGCACUCAAGUUGGGAAAGGAGAAGCGGGAGCUGUGAAAUCGCUUCUAAGGUCCUUGCCAAUUCCUCGGUUACUGAAAGCAGAAGCUAUAUACCUUCAAAAAGCACCCCAAUGAAAGCAGAAGAAUGGCUGUACAUUCAUGGCUGAUGUGCAAUUGCUUGGUUAUAUAAUUUCCAAGGAGUAUGUUGUGAUUAGAAAAUACAAUAUCUAACAGGGAGUCAAACAAACCUCACUGAAACAGCGCAAUAUCUGCUAUGUUCUUUCUUUAGAAAGUGGAACUAUAUAGUGUUUCUUUUUUUAGAAAAUAGGGACAAAAACUUCAUCGAAUUGAAUUCCUGGUUAUUUUUCUUUUUCUCUUUUCAUACAUGAGAAGAUUGUUAGUCUCAUUGUUUGUAAUAGAAAAUUCUUUUUUUG